UUUCAGUCCAAUGUGCCAGUCCAUCCCGUCACUAGCAGCCAGCCACCCCCCGCAGUGGUGGUACAGUCCGUGCCCUCUCCUCAGGUCAGCCACAUGCAGCAGCCAGUGCAGCCAAGGCAACAGCAAAUCCCGGUGACACCCCAGCCACUCCCAAGUGCCCCACCACCAGCACAACAACAGCAGCAACCACAGUGGGAACAGGGCCAGCCAGUCAGCUACGUGGUCAACCAGCAACAGCAGCAGCCUCCUCCGUACGACAUUCCACAGCCUCCCAUCGUUCCACCUCACCAGAUACCUCCUCCUCAACAACAGCAACAACAACAACAGAACAUCGUGUAUCAGCAGCCGAUGACGUACACAGUCCAGCCCACCUACGUGCAACCACAACCUCCACCUCGAGCCGUGCUACCUCAACCUCCACAGGUUCAGUACAUCCAGCCUGGCCCCGGAGAGAGCCAGUUCUACCCCCAACCUCAGGGUGUGAUGAUCCAGCCAACAUACUCCCAGUCAGGACUGGUACAUACUCAGGUCAUGCAGCCUAUACAACAGCAAGCCGUGAUGGUGACACCACAGCCAGUGGUGAUGCAGCCGCCCGACAUUCCAUCCCCUCCCAAACCUCGCAUGCUGAGACUUCCUCCCAACUGGAGGGCAGCCAGGGACCAGGAGGGCAAGGUCUACUACUACCACGCUGUUACAAGACAAACCCAGUGGGACCCCCCGUCGUGGGACGGUAAUGAACCAGAGUUGGGAGGAGACGAGGCAGACAUGGACCUGGGAACUCCAACUCACGACGAUCAUCAUAAGGGCAAGAGAAAACCGACCAAGGCAGAUGCGGACACGUCUUGCGAGACAGCACGGAAAUGUAAAGAUGUCUUCAGGAAAAAGAUGGCGACCUUUGUGGUGUCCAUCCUGAACCCUUACCGGAAGCCUGACUGUAAGCAUGGUCGCAUCACGUCUACAGAAGACUUCAAACACUUGGCUAGAAAGUUAACACACGGGAUCAUGAACAAGGAACUGAAACAUUGCCGGCACGUGGAGGACUUGGAAGUCAACGAAAACGUCAAGAGCAAGGCUCGGGAAUACGUCCGCAAAUACAUGAGCAAGUUCGACGGCCUGUAUCAGUCUUCGCCACGUGAGGAAGUUUAAAACAUAAAAAUCGGACAAAUUGUACAAAUAUUACCAGUGAAAUGUUGAUACUGUGUAUCAAGGUGGACUCAAAAGUACUCACAGUAACUCUUUAUUUGUCCGAAACAAUUCUAGGGACAUGUCAGAGACAGCAGUGUCCAACUUACUGUGGUCACAAGUGUAAAAUAGUUGUAGCUCAAACGCACUGGUUUUUUAUGUAUACAUAUAGAGCAGAAAACAUCAGGAAAUAAUUGUGAAAAGAACUUGGUGCUUUUUCUCUGAGAGUCAUUCUUAGGGCAUUCUUGUAAUGUAAGUCUACUGUACAUACUAUUAACCUUGCUGUGACACCUGUUUUUGAAGUGGAAUAGUCCAAAACGUGGUAAACUAAUGUAGUUGCAGGAUCUAAUACUUUGAAAAUAGGGGUGCAAACUCAUAUUUGAUGAUAAAUUUGGUGCUCAUGUACACAAUGUACAGUAUAUUUUAUCAGACUGGGGGUUGACAUAGUAGGUUAAGGUUUGAACACCCCCCUUAACUAAUAGCGCGGUCCAAAACCGAACAUGUAGUGACCAAAGAAGCCAGAAUAUUUCUACACAACAUCUUUCCUUUUUUUUUACCUAAAGUUUAGUUGAUUCCUGUAGUUUUUUUUAAAUGUUUAGUUUUGUAAAUGUUUUAAAGAAUGACAGGUUCCAGGGAAUAAUUACAGCGUUGUCGGAAAAAUAAUCUGUAAAUGUGUGUUUUAGCGCAUGUAUAAUGAUACAUUGUAGUGUUGAAUUUGUCUUAAUAAUGAAACAGUAUCAGAACACAGGUUGUAUGAAUUUAAUGCAGUGCAGUUCUCCCGAAAAAGCUGCGCAUUUUGUACUUUUUGUAGGGAAUUUUAUUCAAUGUUAGUACAAUACAAUACAGUGGAACGGUUAAGCCCUACACAGCCAUAACAAACA